GGCUAUAAAUCCACCACCCCUCUCUCUUUCUUCCGUUCAGAAGACUCCCCCUUCCUAUCUUCUCUUUCUCCUCUCCACUUCGACUAUACUCCAUUAUUUCUCUGUUCUCGCCGUCCUCUGGCUCAGCUACGUACGAAAAGCAAAGCAAGCAGCAUGUACCCAGCCGAGGUUGCCGGUGUUCUUCUCCCCGCGGCGUACUUGCCGCCACCUGCAAACGCAGCGUCUUUGGGACCCCAUUAUCCCUACCAGAUAGCGGAAGACGAUCAUCUCCUGUUCCAGUGCAGCAGUAGCAGUCUAAUGCAAUUGCCCUACGCCGACGAGCUGUUUCUCAACCACCCUCCGGCGGUGCCGCUGCGCAACGGGUCGAGCUCCGACGAGCCAGCGGCCCACGCCGUGGACAGGCAGCGCGCGGAGGAGAGGAGGAGGAGGCGGAUGGUGUCCAACAGGGAGUCGGCGCGGCGAUCGCGCGUGCGGAAGCAGAAGCAGCUGGGCCAGCUGUGGGCGCAGGUCGUCCACCUCCGGGACGCCAACCGCGACCUGCUCGACCAGCUCAACCGCGCCAUCGUGGACUACGACCGCGUCGUGCGCGACAACUCCCGGAUGAGGGACGAGCGGGCGGAGCUGCAGAGGAGGCUCCGGGAGCUCCCCGUGGUCGAUGCCGGCGACGCGGAGGGCGUCGCCGUUGGUGAAGAUGACGAGUCUACAGUCUAGGAUGGUUGUAGUUGCAACCAGCUAGAGGAAAAAUAACAUUUCUUUCUCUGAGACCGAGGAUGUCUAGCAAAUGGCUUCCUUCGUAGUUUUUUUUUUUUACUUAAUAAUUUCUUUCUGUUCGCCGAAUCUUUGUUCCAUGUACCGACUAAUAUUUUUAAUAUUCUUCUAGUAUA